AUGACACCAACACCCAACAAACUCGCCAAUGGUGCAGCUAAAGCUACCCCUGCUCCCAUCAACGGAUCGGGUGCAACGCUGCGUGCCAAGGCACCCUCGGUUCACUCGCAUGAUGGCGGAGGGACCAAAUUUACGCUCAAGGAUCUGCUUGCUAAUGGCCCCAAACUCGCCCGGAAGUCCUCCCAACGCUCAACAGGAGGCAGCAGCCGCAAGUCUGACGGAGACAGCGAUGCGGGUGGACGGCAAGGCCCGCGGUCAACAGCGGGGGAGAGUACUGCUAGCCUGUCGCAAAAGUACGGCGUCUGCCAGAAAAUUGCGAUUGGCAAAGGUGCCACCUCCGUCGUCCGCCUCGCACAUAAAUGGGACAGGAGCGAGGAGAAGCUGUAUGCCGUCAAGGAGUUCCGAAAGCGCCGCAAGAACGAGACGGAGAAGGAGUACAUCAAAAAACUCACAGCCGAGUUUUGUAUAUCGUCAACGUUGCAUCACGUCAAUAUUGUGGAGACUGUCGACCUCGUCCAGGACGAGAGCCAGCACUGGUGUGAGGUGAUGGAGUUUUGUCCCGGUGGCGAUUUGUACGCUGCCAUCAAAAAGGGCGGGAUGUCACCUAGCGAGGUCGAGUGCUGUUUCAAACAGAUUUUGAGCGGUGUGGCGUAUCUGCACAGUCAAGGCGUGGCCCACAGGGACAUCAAGCCUGAGAAUCUCUUUUUCGAUACGAAGGGGCAUCUCAAGAUUGGUGACUACGGCGCCUCGACGGUGUACCGUCUACCAUGGGAAACUACGAUCCACAUGUCGACGGGAUUAUGUGGAAGCGAACCAUACAUUGCUCCGGAGCAGUUCCUAGGCAAACCCUACGAUGCCCGGCUCGUCGAUAUCUGGGCGUGUGGGGUGGUGUACUACUGCCUUCACUUUCAGGAGCUGCCUUGGCGUGCUGCCCAGCAUAGUGACGCGAUGUACUCUGCGUAUGCUUCUGCUUGUACGGCUCCUACCGCGUUCCCUUCGACGAUCAACAACCUCUCUCCACGAGCAUGUCGAAGUGUGAUCCGGAUGAUGCUGGAGCCGAAUCCCAAGCAGAGGGCUCCGAUUGAGGAGAUUAUGAAGCAGACCUGGGUGCAGGGAAUUGAGGUGUGCCAUACGGUGGAGAAGCCGAAGCAUGUGCAUGUGCAUGCUCGAGCCUUGGCGCAAGCUCAGCUGCGGGAAGUGGUUUGA